AGCUCUGCCCCUCAAAACUGUCGCAAUCGCGUAGAAGCGCGACAUUUUCUAUAACAACAGCGAAUUGUUUACGGCACCCGCCCUCAUUGAGCCUGUGGUAGAGGAAGGUGAACGUUAUGAGAGCUUACUUUGGGGACUCUUUCUUUAGCAAGUAACUGCUGCUGUCAUUCUGGUUGCCUUGAGGAUGGAUCCAGUGGUACUGAGCUACCAGGACAGUCUCCUGCGGUGCUCAGAUGUGGCACUUUUAAAUGGACCCCACUGGCUCAACGAUCAAGUCAUAGGUUUCGCCUUUGAGUACUUUGCAACAGAACGCUUCAAAGGUUUGGGUGAGAAGGUCUGUUUCAUCAGCCCUGAAGUCGCUCAGUUUAUAAAGUACGCCUCAUGUCAAGAGGAACUCGCCAUUUUCCUGGAGCCGCUGAGUCUUGCGUCUCGUCGGUGGGUUUUUUUGGCUGUCAAUGACAACUCAAAUCAAUCAGCCGGUGGCUCCCAUUGGAGCCUGCUUCUCUAUCGGCGAGAUACCAGCCAGUUCUCCCACUACGACUCCCAGAGUGGAAGCAACUCAUUGCAUGCCCGGCGUAUUGCAGCUAAGUUGGAGGCUUUUGUAGGCACUGGAACGAAAGUGCCCUUUGUGGAGGAUCAAAGCCCCUUGCAGCAGAACAGCUAUGACUGUGGCAUGUAUGUGAUCUGUAAUGCUGAGGCUCUGUGUGAGAGUGCUAGAGUCGAGGGCUGUCCCCACCUGCCCCCUCAGAUCAUAACACCCACCUACAUUACACGGAAACGGACAGAAUGGUAUUCACUUAUACAGAGACUUGCCAAGGAAUGACUAGCUGACCAUUUACAUCAUGCAACGGCAUCGCAUGAACUCUAUUAGCCACUGGGCAAAGUGAACACACUUAUUUAUCAUAGUCAAUCCUGCACAAAGGAUGCACAAGAUAAACUGCAUUUGAAAACAGCA